AUGAACUACUUGCUAAAAAAAGAAGAUUGCUACUUUUACCGACAGAACCUUAAUUUUUUCUCCAAGGAAUUUGAGAAAAAAUUAAAAAAGAAUAAGAAAAGGACAAGUGAAAUGGGAAUAAAGGAUAGCAUUAUGGAUAAGUUAUCCUUUCUGCCAAUCCAAGGUGGCAACAAAAGUUCCAAUUUCACCAACACAAAAUGUGACACACAGCUUAGCAAUAACUUUUCCAAGGAACUCACCUUUGUAACAAAGUUGCCUUACACAUUUUUAAAAAAUAAAGUCCCCUUUAACUUUUUUAAUAUGGCAAACAGUGUAUUUUUGAAAUAUAAAAUUAAAAAAAAUAUUAUUUUCUCCUUUAACAAAAAGGCCUUCUGCUCAAAUGCAAAACAUUCCAUUUUGACAAAUUAUAAAAUUAUCAAACAUCCAGAUAAAGUAGAAAGUGAAGAUUGCUGUUUGAAUGGGAAAGGGUUUAUGGCCAUUGCUGAUGGUGUAGGAUCUUGGAUAAGGCAUGGAGUAAAUCCAAGAAAAUAUCCAGAAAAAUUUUUACAACUUUUACAAAAAAAAAUGGAUGAAAAUGAAAAUAUGAAAAUUGAAGAUGUACUCAAUUAUGCCUAUCUAAAUAAUGACAUUCAAGGAUCAACCACCGUUUGUCUAAUCAUCUUUAAUAACAAUAGCACCAUCUCUACGGCUGUCGUUGGAGAUUCUCAGUUUAUCCUCAUUCGAAAUGAUAGCAUAAUUUACCGCUCAAAACCUCAGCAGUAUGAGUUUAAUUUCCCCUACCAGUUGGGAAGUAAUGAAGUAAGCAAACCAAACGAUGCAGACAUUGCUCACAUAGAAGUAAAAAAAAAUGACAUAAUCGUUGCGGGGUCCGACGGUCUGUGGGAUAAUUUGUACGAUAACCAAAUAUUAAAUUUGGUGAAACAGAACAACUUUUCCACCCUAUCGGAAAAAAUUGCCAACGAAGCAUUUAACUACUCCAAAAUGAAGAGGUGGAUGUCUCCAUACAUAAAUAAUUACAACAAAGAGUUUAAGUGCCACAAAACGGGCGGUAAAAUGGAUGACAUCACCGUGUCCUGCGCGCUCAUAUGCUAA